AUGUUCGUCAAAUCCGAGACUCUGGAGUUGAAGGAGGAAGAGGAGGUACUGAUGCUGCUGGGCUCCGCUUCCCCGGCCUCGGCGACCCUGACCCCGAUGUCCUCCAGCGCGGACGAGGAGGAGGACGAGGAGCUGCGCCGGCCAGGCGCCGCGCGUGGGCAGCGUGGGGCGGAAGCCGGGCAGGGGGUGCAGGGCAGUUCGGCGUCGGGUGCCGGGGGUUGCCGGCCAGGGCGGUUGCUGGGCCUGGUGCACGAGUGCAAGCGUCGCCCCUCGCGCGCACGAGCCGUCUCCCGAGGCGCCAAGACCGCGGAGACCGUGCAGCGCAUCAAGAAGACCCGCAGGCUCAAGGCCAACAACCGCGAGCGCAACCGCAUGCACAACCUAAACGCGGCGCUGGACGCGCUGCGCGAGGUGCUGCCCACCUUCCCCGAGGACGCCAAGCUCACGAAGAUCGAGACGCUCCGCUUCGCCCACAACUACAUCUGGGCGCUCACCGAGACCCUGCGCCUGGCGGACCACUGCGCGGGCGGCGGCGGCGGCGGCCUCCAGGGGGCGCUCUUCUCCGAGACGGUGCUGCUGAGCCCUGGAGCGGCGCUCGGCGCCAGCGGGGACAGCCCUUCGCCAUCCUCCUCCUGGAGCUGCACCAACAGCCCCGCGUCGUCCUCCAACUCCACGUCCCCAUACAGCUGCACUUUAUCGCCCGCUAGCCCCGGGUCAGACGUGGACUACUGGCAGCCGCCACCUCCGGAGAAACACCGUUAUGCACCUCACUUGCCCCUCGCCAGGGACUGUAUCUAG